CAGAAGAAUUAAGCUGGUGGCGACACGUUCGAAGCAAAACUGGGACGUGUCUUCUUUAGAGGGGCUCUCAUCUCUCUCAAUGCACAAUUCACCCCAAUCCCCCCAUCGAUCUCUAUCCAUUUCUCCUUCUCAUUGCGGCAUUUUGUUUGAUUCUCAAUCUCUCUGCCGCUAUUUCAUUAGGCAUUGCUCAAUAUCACAUUGUAGUGUAUAAAUUCUUUUCACAUUUAGAAUUUUUCCAAUAUGACUGGCAAGGAAAUCCUCCAUAAGAUGAAGGAAAAGGUGGGUUUAGGUCCGCCUGCGUUUGACACAGGAAAAGGAAAGAGUAAGAUGUCAAGGAAGAUAACACAUGGUUAUCAUUUGGUUGAAGGAAAAUCAGGUCAUAGCAUGGAAGAUUAUGUCUUUGCAGAAUUUAAAGAAGUUGGGGAUGAUGAGCUUGGUCUAUUUGCAAUAUUUGAUGGUCAUUUGAGCAAAGAUAUACCAGAUUAUUUAAAGUCUCAUCUAUUUGAUAACAUCUUGAAAGAGCCGGACUUUUGGACUUCAAUGGAGACAGCAAUCCGACGAGCAUAUCAGAUCACAGAUUCCAUAAUUUUGGAGAAAGCCAAAGAUCUGGGUAGAGGGGGUUCAACAGCUGUUACUGCAAUUCUGAUAAACUGUGAGAAGCUGGUAAUUGCUAAUGUUGGAGAUUCUCGUGCUGUUAUUUCCAAGAACGGUGUGGCAAGACAAUUAUCAGUUGAUCAUGAGCCUGACAACGAAAGGGACAACAUUGAGAGCAGAGGUGGCUUCGUAACAAAAUUUCCUGGUGAUGUUCCUCGUGUUGAUGGCCAGUUAGCUGUAGCAAGGGCAUUUGGUGACAAAUGCUUGAAAGAACACCUUAGUUCAGAACCAGAUAUAGUGGUGGAGUCUAUUGAUGAUGAAACUGAGUUUGUUGUCUUGGCUAGUGAUGGCAUUUGGAAGGUAAUGUCAAAUCAGGAGGCAGUUGAUUGCAUCAAGAACAUAAAAGAUCCUAAAUCAGCGGCUAAGCGCCUUAAUGAGGAGGCACUUGCACGGAAGAGCGCCGAUGAUAUCUCCUGUAUCGUUUUAAGGUUCGGAUGAUACUUCUGGCUGCCAGUCCUCCGAGAAUCUUAACCUUUUUAAGACAUUCAGCUAAUAAAAACUCUGGCACAUUUAGGGCAGUGUGUGAUGUCUGCACUAGCGUUUAAUCUUCCAUUUUCUUCAGUAUUUGUAGAAUUUUGAAGGUUCUAAUCUUCCAUGUUGUCAAGAUGCUAAAACCUGAUAAUGUCUACUCACUGUUUUUGUUCUUACUUUCUUGUAUUGUGCAGAAUGUGAAAAUAAUCUUUGUUAUGUA